AUGGAUAAUUUUAAACAAAAAGAAGAGCGAGAGAGUCGAAUCCAGGUAGCUAUUCAAGCUAUUACUGAAAAAAAAAUGUCAUACGUACAAGCUGCUAAGUGUUAUAAUGUGGCAAAAUCUACACUUUUUGACAGAACAAAAGGAUCAUCUAAUAAUCGAGGAGCGCCAAGAAAGAUGAGCAACAUCACUGAAGCUAUUAUUGUUGAUUUAUUAAAAUUUAUGAGUGAUAUAGGUUUCGGCUUGAAUAGAAAAGACGUGUUUAUUGUUGUUGAAAACUAUUUAAAAGAAUCAAACCAACGUAGUCUAUUCAAAGACGGCAAACCGACUAGAAAAUGGUACUCCGGUUUCAUGAAUAAAUAUCGUAAAGAAAUUUGCCCAAGGAAAGUAAGCGGUAUGCAAACUAUUAGAGCUGUGGCCACACAACCAGCUAUAAUUGACAGUUGGUUUGAGCAAUUAGCAGUAGCAUAUAAAGUACAUAAUUUAGGCGAUAAGCCGUUUCAAAUAUUUAACUGUGAUGAAUCUGGUUUGCAAUUUGAUCAAGGCAAAGUCAAAAUUAUUUGUAGAAAAGGAACAAAAAACCCUAAAAAGCUAGCACCAUCGAAUGAAAAGCAAAUGACGACAAUCUUGACUUGUUGUGACGCAUUCGGUAAUUAUUUACCUCAUCAAAUAAUUUAUAAAGGCAAACAUGUUAUGAAAGACUGGUGCAAAGGCGGUGCCCAGAAUGUUUAUUAUAACAGUAGUAGUUCAGGCUGGAUGGAAUCCGAACAUUUUUUGUCGUGGUUUGAAACAGUUUUUUUGCCUCACGCAAACAAACUUUCAGGAUUUAAAGUUCUAAUACUUGAUGGCCAUGCUUCACAUAUGAGCUUAGAGUUGAAAAAAAAAGCUUUAGAAAAUUAUAUUUUACUUUGGCGUUUGCCGGCUCAUACCAGCCAUUUUUUACAGCCACUAGAUGUUGGCGUUUUUAAAACAGUUAAAGGCGCAUGGAAGAGAAUUGUCGAAAGUUAUUUGACUAAAAAUCACUUUCAAAGCCUAACUAAUCGAUAUUUUCCGGCCAUGUUUAAGGAUCUCAUCGAAAAUGGUGGGUUUAAACCUGAAAAUGCACGGAGUGGUUUCAAAAAUACUGGUAUAUUUCCACUCGAUCGUUCGCAAAUUUCUUCAAAAAAAACUUCCAUUGGUGCUGUGUUUCAAGCUGUCGAAAACAACAAUAUUGAAUAUUUAUUUGAUUCUUCAACAGUAUCUAGUCCAUUAGUUAUGGGAAAUAUUACCAAUACACCUAACACACCGUCAAGAAUGUCAAAUCGUGAAUUUUUGCUUAAAAGCUUUGCUACUUUGAAUAACGCUGUUCAACAAGUGGGCAAAGAUAUAAACAAAUCAGUGUUAAAUAUGCUUCGAGAUCAAUUGACACCAACUCUAAAUAAAAGAGUUCAAAAAAGUGAGAGAAUAAAGCGACCAGCUAAUUAUAAUAUGACUUCGGCGGAUGCCAUAGCUUACGAUGAAGCUGAACAAGCAUUAAAAAAGCAAAAUUUAGAUGAACAAGCUGCAAAGAAAUUUACUAGAGAACAAAAAAAGAUUUCCACUGCUACUCAAAAAGCGAAAAAUGCACAGAAAAGAGAAGAAAAAAAAAAGUUGAGACAAAGUCAGUCGUCUAAAAUACCAGGUAAAAAAGGUAUAAAGACAAAAAAUGGAUUAGAAGACCCUCAUUUUCCUCAAGCUUCAAAUAACAUUUUAGUAUCUGAUAAUCUUCUAUGUUAUUCUUGCGAAAUUAAUUGGACAAAUAACUUAGAUAACCAAUGGCUUGCGUGUGAGCAGUGUUCAAAUUGGUCAUGCAUUGAAUGUGUCUUUGAUUAUCGUCCAGCCAUGGAGUUUAUUUGUAACGAAUGUGUGUAA